AUGAAAAUUAAACAUAAAUUUGCGAUGUGGAAAAUGAAGAAAUUGAAUGGAGAAAGACCACGUCAAAUUGUGAAAAAUCAGCCGACAUUAAUAGGCGGUCCGAAUGAUAAUGGUACAAAGCGUUCGGCGGUCGAUGAGAGAAUUUCGACGACUGUCGAAAAGUCGAUUCAGACGAAUUCGGAAGGCGAAUCGACGAAGACGAAGAAGAAGAGGAGGAGGAAGAGGAAGAAGCGCGAUCGCGGUGAGCAGUUCGCCGACGCCGAAAUGAUUUCGAAGAAGCUCGAGCAGCAACACCAACAAAAGAGGAUGAAUGGCGAAAUGAAGCCGAUGAUGUUGAACGGGAAGCGGCGAGAAUCGGAGCCGGCGACGCCGUUGAAGCGCGAGAAGUUCACGCGUGGCCAGCUGCCGAUCGAUCUCGUCGAACACCAGAUCAUGUUGGAGUUGGCGCGCAACGAGACGCUGAUCAUCGUCGGCGAGACGGGCUCCGGCAAAUCGACGCAAAUUCCGCAAAUGUGCUGCCGGGUGCCGGUGUGCGCGACGCGCGCCAUCGGCGUCACCCAACCGCGACGAGUGGCGGCCGUCUCGUUGGCGAAUCGUGUCGCCAUCGAAAUGGCGACGAACGUUGGCAAAACGGUCGGCUAUCAUGUUCGAUUCGAGAAUGUGACGGGUCCCGAGACGAAAAUCGAAUACAUGACCGAUGGAGUUGUGCUGAGAAAAUCACUAAUGUCGCCACUUUUGGAGCACUACUCGACGAUUAUCAUCGAUGAGGCGCACGAGCGUAGUCUGCACACCGACGUGCUCAUGUGCAUUCUGAGGCAAUGUCAGGUGCAGCGACGAGGCACCGAGAAUCCGCUGCGUUUGAUCAUCAUGUCGGCGACAUUGCAGGCUCAAAAAUUUUGCGAGUAUUUCAACAACGCCAAAGCGAUUCUUGUGAAAGGUCGCACAUUUCCGAUUGAGAUGUACUACUCGAUCGCGAAAUCCUCAUCGGACUAUGUCUACAAUGCAAUUGUCGCGAUCAAGAGCGUCCAUUUGAGCGAGCCGUCCGGUCAUGAUGUGCUCGUGUUUUUGACGGGCAGCGAGGAGAUCGAGGCGGUCGCGAAUCGCCUUCACGAAAUGAACGCGUCGCUGCCGCCGACGUGCGACGUCAUCAUGCCGGUGCCGUUGUACGCCGCGUUGAGGCCCGACCAGCAGAAAUUGGCGUUUCGGCCGGCUCCCAAGGGAACCCGCAAAGUCAUCCUCUCGACGAACAUUGCCGAGACGUCGGUGACGAUUCCCGGCGUUCGCGUCGUCAUCGAUUCGGGCAAAGUCAAAACGAAGCGUUUCAACGCGAUCGAUCGCGUCGACAUUCUCAAGGUGCACAACGUGAGCAAAGCGCAAGCGCGUCAGCGGGCGGGACGCGCCGGCCGCGACGCGCCCGGCAAAUGUUAUCGAUUGUUCGCGAAAUCCGAGUUCGACGAGUUCGACGACGACAAUAUGCCGGAGAUUCAGCGAAGCAAUCUCGCGUCGACGUUUCUCGAGUUGAUGAAACUGGGAAUGAAGAAUCCGCACCGAUUGCGGCUCAUCCAUCCGCCCGACGCCGCCAACAUCGACGCGGCGCUGAUUGAGCUCGUCAGUCUGAGCGCGAUUCGACCGCUCAACUCCGACUAUUCGAAGUUCGCGUUGACCGACACCGGCGAGCUCUAUUGCAAAUACCCGCUGCCGCCCGACCAUUCGCGUGUGCUCAUCCAGGCGCAAAAGCACGACUGCAUGAUGGAGGCGAUCAAAAUCAUUGCGGCGAUGCAGACCGAAUCGAUUUGGUGCGCGGCGACGCCGACGCAAAAGACGGACGAUGAAUAUGAGCGGAUUCGGCGGAGGUACGAGACGAAAGAGGGCGAUCACGUCACGAUGCUCAAAUUGAUUUUGGCGAGCAAUCAAUUCUUCGAUGAGCUCAACAAGAAGACGAUGCGCGAUUCGCGAUUCGCCAACUCCGACGUCGCGCUUCAACGCGAAUACCACGCGGCGAUUCGGCAAUUUUGCGACGACAACAUGAUCAACGAGCAACACCUGAAGACGGCGUCGUUGAUCGAAGAGCAACUCGUCGAAAUCGCGCGAGAGUCGCGUGUGGCGUUCUCGACGUGCGGCGCCGAUUUCGGCCGACUUCGAAAAGCGCUAGCGUUGGGAUUGUUCAUGAACAGCUGCGAGUACGAUCGCCAAGAGGACCGCUAUCGUCUGAUGAUCAAUCCGGCGAUCACCGUCCAAAUUCAUCCGUCGUCGUGUUUGGCGCGCUCGAAGCCGUCGUGCAUCGUGUUCUCGCAACUCAUGCGCACCACCGAUCUCUACGCGAUGCAAGUGACGCUCAUCGACGCCGACUGGGUCCGACCGCUCAUCAGCGCCUACAAAAAGUUGAGAAGCGCGCGCGGCGAGGCGACGCCGCCGACGACGAGCAACGCGGCGAAAAGAGUCAAACAUUGUUGA